CCGAUGAUGUGUUGGCACAGUGAAUUCUUGCACAUGUUCUCAUAAAAAAAAAAGUAUAUUUCAUUCUGUCUGCUCAGGCAAAUUAGCCAAACUGCUAAACAUAGAACCAAUCAGAACUCCCGUACAUACCCCUCGUGAUGAAGGCAGCCAAUGACCUGCUUCUAUUUAGGACGUAAACACAGCCCAAAGACUGAAAUAUCUGCUUUUGAGUGCACUUAAAGCUUCUUUUCCGAGCAACAACGUGUGCGUUUGUAGCUAUGAACAGCUGACAGAAGGUGACCGGGGGAUUCUCUCAACAACAUGUGAAUUUGCCUCCAUGGAGCUCAUCAGUGUAGCCUAUUUUGGAGGUUCACAAUAUCAUCCAUACGGAUGUGGAAUGCGAGUGGAGGAAGCCAACCGUAUCCACAACCAGGUACAGUCAGUGGAGGAAGCCAACCGUAUCCACAACCAGGUACAGUCAGUGGAGGAAGCCAACCGUAUCCACAACCAGGUACAGUCAGUGGAGGAAGCCAACCGUAUCCACAACCAGGUACAGUCAGUGGAGGAAGCCAACCGUAUCCACAACCAGGUACAGUCAGUGGAGGAAGCCAACCGUAUCCACAACCAGGUACAGUCAGUGGAGGAAGCCAACCGUAUCCACAACCAGGUACAGUCAGUGGAGGAAGCCAACCGUAUCCACAACCAGGUACAGUCAGUGGAGGAAGCCAACCGUAUCCACAACCAGGUACAGUCAGUGGAGGAAGCCAACCGUAUCCACAACCAGGUACAGUCAGUGGAGGAAGCCAACCGUAUCCACAACCAGGUACAGUCAGUGGAGGAAGCCAACCGUAUCCACAACCAGGUACAGUCAGUGGAGGAAGCCAACCGUAUCCACAACCAGGUACAGUCAGUGGAGGAAGCCAACCGUAUCCACAACCAGGUACAGUCAGUGGAGGAAGCCAACCGUAUCCACAACCAGGUACAGUCAGUGGAGGAAGCCAACCGUAUCCACAACCAGGUACAGUCAGUGGAGGAAGCCAACCGUAUCCAAUCAGGUACAGUCAGUGGAGGAAGCCAACCGUAUCCAAUCAGGUACAGUCAGUGGAGGAAGCCAACCGUAUCCAAUCAGGUACAGUCAGUGGAGGACCUGUACCCGGCCGAAGACUACAACCCUCUGUCCCGAGAGCCCUCAGAGGAGGUUAAGGAACAGUCUCUGCGGCAGGUUCAGCAGAAUGUCAUUUCUCCUUGAACCUGAGCCAGAACUGCUACCCUCCCUGUCAUUCCUGUUUGUACCAGACAUUGUUAAAUGCGGUAUGCAGGUAUCCUGACUGCCAUGGCGCUAAAAGGAGAGCAACAGUUGGGCGGCGUACCAACCCUCAACUGGCACACAACGAGGAGAGGGAGGUUGACGCACAGCAAUGAUGGAGACAGCACUUAGGAUCAAGCGUGUUACUCCGUCACAGAUUAAAAGGGUCUUUAGAUUACAGUCGUUGGAUGGAGUGUUGUCUGUAAAGUUGGGGUACAGAAAACAAAGAGGAUUGGCAUCAAGGCAUUCAAUAUGGUUACAGGGAUGGAUGUGCAGGAUUUCAUGGCUUUUGGUCACGGGGUCUGGGUGCCUCGCCGAUUGGUCUGGUGAGUGUCCCCAUGGUGCUUACUAAGGGACCUUAACAUUGAAGAGGCAGUGAAGUCGAAGGAUUUAUUUAUCAAGGGAGGGUCUUAACACUUCCGUGAAGACCAUCCUUAUUGGCACCAAGGUCAGCUACACAUCACUGGAAGGGACACCUGCACCUUCAUUGUCGUGGACGAUCAAAGCCUCCAUCACCGUCCCCAUCCAGCGUGACGACCUCUGACAUGCUCAUAAUGCUCCUCCUGUUAGUUGCCGUUUUCAGGGAAGCCAAUGGUCCAAAAAUAUUCCACAUAGUUCUCACACACACCUCCCAGAAUAGGUCAUAUAACAUACACGUUUUGCUCAAAGCAGCCAACCAAAGUAAUGUAGUUAAAGUAAGUUCAAUCACAAAGGCUGGUCUGAAGCGCAGAAUUUGAGAAUUUAUAUCGGUGAUGUGUAAACAAUGUCUUACCCCCAGAAUGAGAGAGAGAGUAUAUCACUUCCAGCAGAUCACCUUGCUGAGGAUGGCGUUGAUCGUGCUUCUCGUGGUGUGAGUCUGGCGUUCCGCAUGUCUCGCCUCAUGUCUAAAACAUGGAGAAAAGGGGACAAAGUAAAAAGGUUGAAUUUGUAGAUGCAUCUGUUUUACACAAUAUUGUAUAUUUGUAUAAUAUGUUACUGAGCUGUCUGUCCACAGGCCCGAUGUGCUGUGUUCCUCACAACUGGGCCCUCUCGCUCGGAUCACGUUGGCACAAGAUGUCCAUGCACCGGAUGAUCCGAGACAUGCACUCCUGUUGGACUGGAAAACAAAAGGGUCAGUGGUAUGUAGGGCCGUAUCAGCAUCUUUAUCUGGACAAAGAACACAUUGUCCAAGGUGGAGUUUGUGUUAUGAUAAACAAUGUGACAAGUGUUCCCUCAACAGCCAAUCGUCGAAUCAAACCAAACUUAAUUUGUCACAUGCACCGAAUACAGCAAGUGUAGACCUUACUGUGAAAUGCUGUUUGAUUGAGUGUGUGGACAGGUGUCUUUUAUACAGGUAACGUGUUCAAACAGGUGCAGUUAAUACAGGUAAUGAGUGGAGAACAGGAGGGCUUCUUAAAGAAAAACUAACAGGUUUGUGAGAGCCGGAAUUCUUACUGGUUGGUAGGUGAUCAAAUACAUAUGUCAUGCAAUAGAAAUGCAAAUUAAUUACUUAAAAAUCAUACAAUGUGAUUUUCUGGAUUUUUGUUUUAGAUUCCGUCUCUCACAGUUGAAGUGUACCCAUGAUUAAAAAAAAUACAGACCUCUACAUGCUUUGUAAGUAGGAAAACCUGCAAAAUCGGCAGUGUAUCAAAUACUUGUUCACCCCACUGUACACCUUAGCCAAAUACAUUUAAACUCCGUUUUUUUUUACAAUUCCUGACAUUUAAUCCAAGUAAAAAAUCCCUUUCUUAGGUCAGUUAGGAUCAUCACUUUAUUUUAAGAAUGUGACAUGUCAGAAUAAUAGUAGAGAGAAUUAGUUAUUUCAGCUUUCAUGUCUUUCAUCACAUUCCCAGUGGGUCAGAAGUUUACAUACACCCAAUUAGUAUUUGGUAGCAUUGCCUUUAAAUUGUUUAACUUGGGUCAAAUGUUUUGGGUAGCCUUCCACAAUAAAUUGGGUGAAUUUUGGCCCAUUUCUCCUGACAGAGCAGGUGUAACUGAGUCGGGUUUGUAGGCCUCCUUGCUCGCACACGCUUUUUCAGUUCUGUCCACACAUUUUCUAUAGAAUUGAGGUCAGGGCUUUGUGAUGGCCACUCCAAUACCUUGACUUUGUUGUCCUUAAGCCAUUUUGCCACAACGUUGGAAGUAUGGUUGUCCGUGUAUGAAGUAUGAAGUAUGAAGUAUGAAGUAUGCUUGUCCGUGUAUGAAGUAUGAAGUAUGAAGUAUGAAGUAUGCUUGUCCGUGUAUGAAGUAUGAAGUAUGAAGUAUGAAGUAUGCUUGUCCGUGUAUGAAGUAUGAAGUAUGAAGUAUGAAGUAUGAAGUAUGCUUGUCCGUGUAUGAAGUAUGAAGUAUGAAGUAUGAAGUAUGCUUGUCCGUGUAUGAAGUAUGAAGUAUGAAGUAUGAAGUAUGAAGUAUGAAGUAUGAAGUAUGUUUGGGGUCAUUGUUCAUCUUAUAUGAAGUAGUUCUAAAUGACCCUAUAGAAAAAUUAAAGGCGGAAAAACGAUUGGAAUCAUGUCCGGGUUUUACCGCUAGGUUUUAUGGGUAUUACAACUCAUACUGUGGUACUCAAUACCGUAAGCUUAUGUUAGAAACCAGAUAAAAUAGGCAACUGAAUAAAUCUAAAAUACAAAUUCAAAUAUGAAAGAUAUGUAUUUUUCCCCAUUCAGUUUCGUACUCGUGACCCCCCAGAACUUAAUCCACUGUGCAAGCGCACCUGGCAUGUGAUUGACAGUCCAAUCAGAGGGCUGAGUGUGCAUUUCACUAGCCAAUCUGUGAGUUUUUGAUCAUAUGUGACGCUACCAGCGGCUACUUGGCGCGUUGAAAACAACUGGGAAUAUGAGGUCAAAUCAUGACGUCUUCAGGUUGUGAAGUCGGAGCUCUAGAAAGAGGCCCGAGUUGGAAUUAUGAGUUGGAUGACCGUUCAAAUCAACCCCCCAAAUAGAACCCACCCCUCCCCAGUUGGUUUGAACGCACUGAAGUCUGAGAUGUUUUUCUUUUAAUAUUAAGCGAAUAUGACGAUACAUAGGCCUGUAGCCUAAACAUUACAACAAUAUUAUUACGGGAAUAAAAU